AUGGCUACCUCUGUGUCUGUCGAACUGCCAGCUAGCAUCCAACUACCAACUCUCUCUGCUAAGUAUGAACAUUUACGAGUCAAUGCCUUGCGUACAAACGCGACAUUGGAAGCAGCAUGUGCUUGGGGAAAUACCCCAGAUGGCGGCAUGAACCGCCUCGCCUCUAAUGACGAUGACAAACGCGUCCGGGACUGGUUCAUCGCUGAGACUUCUAAACUCGGCUGCCACCACAAGAUCGAUGCCAUGGGCAACAUAUUCGCCAUCCGGCCCGGCCAAAACAAUGCCCUUGCCCCCAUCGGCCUCGGUUCCCACCUUGAUACCCAGCCCACGGGGGGCAAGUAUGACGGCAUUUUAGGCGUUGUCUCCGCUAUGGAAGUUCUCCAGACCAUACACGAGAACAACAUCACUACCUACGCGCCCCUCGCCGUCAUCGAUUGGACCAAUGAAGAGGGCGCCCGCUUCCCGCCCGCAAUGCUGUGCUCGGGUGUCUGGGGUGGCGCGUUCACGACGGAGUAUGGGCACUCGCGGACGGAUCCAGAGGGGAGGACGUUGAAAGCGGAGUUAGAGCGAAUUGGGUAUUUGGGAGAGACAGAGUGUUCGUUUCAGGCGAAUCCGUUGACGGCGCAUUUCGAGGUGCAUAUUGAGCAGGGGCCAGUGCUAGACCAGGCGGAGGAAGCGGCCGCGGUGGUGAAGGGGGUGCAGUCGAUUAGGUGGUAUAAUCUAGGGUUAGUAGGGAGGGAGGCGCAUACAGGGACGACGCCGAUGGAUAGGCGGAGUGAUGCAUUGUUGGGGGCUGCGAAGAUGAUUGUCGAAACCAACCGCUUCGUUACGGAAGGCGAAAUAGCUGCUCGAGGCGGUCGUGCCACGAUCGCAGUGAUCAAUUCGUCGCCGCAGAGCAUAAACACCAUUGCCGGCCAUGUGGAUUUCGGACUCGACAUCCGAGCACCUGCAGACUCCGACGUCGAGCUCAUCGAGGCGAUGUGCCGUAAAAGGUUUGCAGAGAUUUGCGACGAAAUCGGCCUCGAAAUGACUUUUGACAACUUCUGGGUCUCCACGGCCGUGAACUUCGACCCUACGAUGAUCGAGUGCGUCAGGAGUUCUGCCCGAGAGAUUGGAUGCAUGACGGAGUUGGUAAGUGGAGCAGGGCACGACAGUGUUUACACGAACAAGAAGGUUCCGACUGCUAUGAUCUUCGUGCGUUGUCGUGAUGGUGUCAGUCAUAAUCCAGCUGAGUAUACGAGACCAGAGGAUUGCGCUGCUGGUGCUCAGGUGCUUCUGGGUGCGUAUCUGCGAUAUGACGAUUAUCUCAGGAGGGCAGCGGCAAAGAUGUAGAAC